AAAAAACUUGAAUAUGGUUUACUUUUCGAUCCAACGCCUAACAAAACAUAACAGCUAACCAGUCUUUCCUCCUCUUUCUCUCAUGCGUCACUUAGGAGAACAACAAUGGCGUUUCUUCACACUGAUCCCGAAACGAUCUCCAAGACGCACCCUUGGCUUCUUCUCCUCCCACUCCAAAGACCAACAACAGCUCCUCGUCGACGCCAUCUCCGAAUCGCUACAAAACCGCGAUAACUUCGACACUCUCUCCACCAAAUUCUCCUCCGCCAAUCUCUCCAACUCCCUCGUCGAUCAAAUCCUCCUCCGCUUCAAACAACCCGAAACCGCCAAACGCGCCCUAACCUUCUUCCACUGGUCCUCCCACGCUCGAAACCUCCGCCACGGCGUCUCCUCUUACGCCCUCGCGAUUCACAUCCUCGUCAAAGCUCGACUACUCAUCGACGCUCGAGCUCUAAUCGAAUCUUCUCUCUUAAACUCAUCCCCCGAUUCCGAUCUGCUCGAUUCCUUGCUAGACACCUACGAGGUCUCUUGCUCUACUCCUCUCGCGUUCGAUCUGCUCGUUCAGGGCUACGCUAAGCUUCGAUUGCUGGAAUCUGGAUUCGACGCUUUCAAGAACCUAACGGAUCGUGGAUUCUCGAUGAGUGUAAUCACUCUCAACACUUUGAUCCAUGUUGCUUCGAAAUCGAAUCGGAUCGAUCUCGUUUGGAGAAUCUACGAGGCGGCGGUGGAUAAGAGAGUGUAUCCGAACGAGACGACGAUUCGGAUCAUGAUCAGUGCGUUGUGCAAAGAAGGGAAGUUAAAAGAGAUUGUAGGUUUGUUGGAUAAGAUUCAUGGUGAGAGAUGUUCUCCUCCAGUGAUUGUUAACACGAGCUUGGCUCUCAAGGCUUUAGAAGAGAAUCGGAUCGAUGAAGGUAUGAGUUUGUUGAAGAGAUUGCUGCAGAAGAAUAUGGUUUUAGAUACGAUUGGUUACUCUCUCGUUGUGUACGCGAGAAUAAAGGAAGGUGAUUUGGUAUCUGCACGGCAAGUGUUCGAUGAAAUGCUUCAAAGAGGUUUCGACGCGAAUGCUUUCGUUUACACGGCUUUCGUCAAAGUGUAUUGCGAGAUGGGUGAUAUCGACGAAGCAGAGAAGUUGAUCGCUGAGAUGGAGAGCUCUGGAGCCGAUCCGUAUGAAGAAACUUUUAACUCUCUCAUCGUUGGUUGCGCGAAAUUCGGAAGAGAAGGAGAAAGCUUGAAGUAUUGCGAGAUGAUGGUCGCGAGAGGACUUCUUCCUAGUUGUUGGGCGUUCAAUGAGAUGGUUGAGAGACUAAGCAAGAUUGAGAACGUGAAUCGUGCAAACGAAAUCCUGACAAAGUCGAUUGAGAAAGGGUUUGUGCCUGAUGAACAUACAUACUCUCAUCUGAUUCAAGGGUUUGUUAAAGGAAACGAUAUCGAACAAGCUCUCAAGAUGUUCUACGAGAUGGAGUACCGAAACAUCUCACCGGGUUUCGAGGUGUUUAGGUCACUGAUAGUGGGGCUUUGCUCUUGUGGAAAAGUGGAAGCCGGCGAAAAGUACUUCAGAAUUAUGAAGAGGAGGCUGAUACAGCCUGAUGCAGAGAUAUAUGAGGUGUUGAUUAAGGGAUUCCAAAAAACAGACAAUAAAACGAAUGCGGAUAGGGUUUAUGAUGAAAUGAUAUCAAUAAGAUGAUUCAAACUCGGUGGUUAAGCUUGUUUGUAGCUUCAUUUCGAAUUAUCAUUGAAAUUU